AUGACUAGCGCGGUAACAGCAUCAAUUGCAUACUCUUUGGUUUCCAUCUGGCCACGUGCCGUUCGAACUGGGCCCCCAAACCAUUGUCGACGAUAUCACCGAGAUUUCCGGGAGAAACCGCGAUCGUAUGCUUUCGUUGGCGACUUCGGUUCCUAUCCUGAUCACCACAGCUUCCGAAUCUACUAUCAACGUGUCAUAACUAUCGCCAGGCUUUGUACAUUGCGGGCGGGCAUGGAGAGCUUUAGGACUCUGCUAGCAUCACCGUCCACGAGGUAUAGAACCGGCUACGGCUGCAGUUGGAGCGUCUCCGUAACCAUACAUAAACAUUCUCAAAUAUUGAAGAGCCAGUAUAUCAUCUAG